GGGAGAGGGACGCCACAGACGCUUUUCUGUCAUCAGUUGAGGAGGGCCUGAAGGAGACGCUGUGCAUGAAGGGGCGGAGACAGUGAUGUCAUGGCCAGCAGCACCCAAACAGACAAACAGGAAGUCCAACACAAUGAUCCUCAAUCUUAAGGAGUGGAUCUGCUCGCAGUAUAAGACCUUGCAGGAGUACAACUCCCUACCUGGACAGGACGUGCUGUUGACUGACCGGUACACUGACCUGCUGCUAGUCCAGCAACACAGAAAGCAGAAAGAGAAAGAGAAGGAGAUUCGUUUCAGAGGAGCGAGUCUCUUCAGUGCCAGGGAGGCACAUCAAAGCACCACUGUGGACCAGUUCUUCAGCCCUAAUGACCGUGGAGACAUAACUAAAGCAGUCAUUCUUCAGGGCCACUCUGGACAUGGCAAAUCCUUUAUGGCACAGAAGAUCAUGUUGGACUGGGCAUCAGGUAACCUCUACCAGGAUCGAUUUGAACUUAUUUUACACCUGAGAUGGAAAGAACUGAACCAGGUGUCCAGAGAGAGGAAUGACAGGUGUGUGGUGGAUCUUGUGAGCUGCAAUCAUUACUACUCUAAGAAAUUUACCAAGCUGAUCUCAGAGAAACUAAAGGACUCACCACAGAAGGUGCUGUUUCUCAUAGAUGGAUUUGAUGAACUGCGAUUUACAAUGAAUGAAAUCAGUGACACACCUGUCAAAGACCCUAUUGAGGCCAUUCUGAGGGCUCUGUUGAAGGGGUCAAUCCUUCCUGAUUGUUUCCUGCUGGUCACCACCAGGCCCACUGCUGCAGACACACUGAGCAAACUGCUCAAACACCCUCUGCGUUUCACUGAGACUCUGGGUUUCUCUGAGAAGGGGGUGCAGGAAUACUUCCAAAGGUUCUGUCAAGAUCAGCAGGUAGCAGAGAAGGCAUUGAGGAGUGUGAAGGCAACCGGAACACUCUUCUCUUCCUGCUCCAUUCCGGUCAUCUGCUGGAUUGUCUGCACAGUUUUCCGGGAGCAGCUAAAAGAAAAUGCUGAAAUGGCUGAGCUGGAAACGACUACCUCCAUAUUUGUCCACUUUGUGUCCACUCUGCUGGAGCAUCACUGCCAGGGUUUGAGUCAACCUGUCCCUACUCUGCUGAGGAGCCUGGGCCAGCUGGCAGAGAGAGGGAUGCUGGAGCAGCAGGUCCUGUUUGAGAAGGAAAGUGUGUUGAGUACAGUCUCAGAUCCAGCCAGUGUCCCCUUCCUGUGCAAAUUCCUCAUGAAGAAGAAAGUCCGCCUGGAGGAAAUGUUCAGUUUCAUGCAUCUCAGCUUUCAGGAGUUCUUUACUGCACUCAACUACACUUCAGACCAGAAUAAGAAGAAAGUCAAAAAGCUGCUCGGUUCUGUCAAAGAAUAUGACAGCAAGUCCUAUGUCCUACCUGUCAUUCAGUUUCUCUUUGGCCUCUCAAAUAAGGAGGUGAUACAAGACCUGAAGGAACUUAAGCUGCCUUCCACUCCUUCCAUUCGAGGACAGCUAGAAAAGUGGAUUCUUGAACUCAUUGAAAAAAGUAAAGAUUCAAAGAAAAGUAAUGAGUUGCUGUUCAUUCUCCACUGUCUCUGUGAGCUCCAUGAGGAGGAGUUUGUGAGGAGAGCCAUGGAGGUUUGGGGUAAGAUAACCUUUGCUUCCAUUCCCCUGACGACGACAGACUGCUCAGUGCUGCUGUACUGCCUGCAGCGCUGCCCGACCAUCAGAAGCCUGGAGCUCAACGUGUGCAACAUCACAGCAGAGAAGCUGAGGAUGCUGCAACCUGCACUGAGCAGGUGUGAGGAACUGGAGUGAGUGUGUGUGUGUAUGGAAUACAAACAAAUGUAGCCACAUAAAUAAACACUUUAGAUAUAUUAAAGUUCAGUUUGAUUUCCUAUUAAAACAAGCUACCAGUCACAUUCAUAUGGAAGCUUAAAGCCUACAUUGUCUUCAGUAGUGCUGGUUGACUAUGUGUUUGUGUGUUUGCAGGUUAGUUGUUGAGGAGCUUUCCGAUGCUGAUGUGAAUGAUCUGAUCUCAGCUCUGGGGGAAAACACUUUCAGUUGUUUAUUUGUGUUCCUUGUGUAUUGAAAGAGUGAGUGUGUUUGAAUGAAAUGUUUACAGUCAGGAAGCCAAAUUUUAAGAUUUCAGUGUUUGGCAUGUGGAAGUAAGAAUGAUGUCAAUUUAAGUUGAUACUAAUGGUUUGUUUUUGUUAGUGAUUUCUGAUUUGUUAGUGAUUUUGGUUUUGACGUUAAAUAGGCUUAGUUGUAGAUUGGCCGCUGUGUGAAACCCCCUACCUAUAGCACAAGGAAUUGAACAUCUCUCCUGUGUAUAUUUGAAAUCGUUUUGGUACCCAUGUGUUGACACAUUGGAAGAGAAGAGCCAUUAGAUUGAAGAAAUGCACUUUUUUGACAGUGCUUGUGUGCUUACUCAGUAAGAAUUAUGCUUUAGGAAAGUAUAAUAUUACAGAACUUUUGUUUAUUGCUUAUUCAUUUGGAAACUGGAGUUACAUUGCUCUAGAUAAAUAUAUUUUACUGAUUUCAUGUGUUGCACACAUUCAUUACUUUCCACAAAUGGUUCUGGAAUGACACCGACAUUGGAUCUGCUGCCAUAGCAGCUAUUAGGGGCAGCCAUAGACUGUAUUUAUAGAACUAUAUACAGUCUAUGGGGGCAACAUAAAAACUAAAAUACAACAAAGUACCGGUUCUUGGGGUAUAUCUCUAUAAAAAGGACAUAUGACAAGGUGUUAAAGGGUACUGAGGAUGUUCACCUUUCUAGGAAGGAGGCAAACCACUUCAGAGCAGUGCCUGAUUUUCCUGAGACGAAUGUGGUGAUCCACAGUAUCAAAAGCUGUGCUGAGACAACAUUAACAAUGGUUGUUUGGGACUCUGACAAGUGUUGCAGGGACAGAGGAAUUAGUCAAUAGUUUUGGUUAUGACUACACCACCUGGGUGGGGGGCACAUGAUACUUUAUAACUUCAUAGACCAGAAUUUAUUACUAAGUCUUAAAGCGAUGGUUCGGAGUAAUUUUACCCUAGGGUUCUUUGCACCAUGACUCCGAGCCAAACACCUACCCAGAACCUUUUUUCCCUUGGUCGAGCCCUGGUCGAGUAGCGCCGUCAGAAAUUAAUGACGUUCUGCAGUCGUGAUGGAACUAAUAAUGCCCUGAAUGGUA